AUGGUAGGAACCACUGCUGAGCCUGUAGAGGGCAGGACAGAUGGUCAGUGUCAGCACCGCUGGCAGAAGGUUCUGAACCCUGAGCUGGUGAAAGGCCCGUGGACAAAGGAGGAGGAUCAGAAGGUGAUCGAUCUGGUCCAUAAGUACGGUCCGAAGCGCUGGUCUGUGAUCGCCAAACACCUGCAGGGUCGCAUCGGGAAGCAGUGCAGAGAGCGCUGGCACAACCACCUGAACCCCGAGGUGAAGAAGUCCUCCUGGACUCAGGAAGAAGAUCGGAUUAUCUAUGAAGCUCACAAACGCCUCGGGAACCGCUGGGCCGAGAUCUCCAAGCUGCUGCCUGGAAGGACGGAUAACUCCAUCAAGAACCACUGGAACUCCACCAUGAGGAGGAAGGUGGAGUUUGAAGGAUAUCUGCAAGACGGCAGCAGGGCUUUAAGCUCCUCUCAGGGGAAGAGACGCCCUCUCAGAGCCCCCCAGCAGGCAGAGCCCCCCCACUGUGAACAG